AUGGGCCAUCUCCGUGGACUCUUACUCUUACUCCCUCUUCUGGUGCAGGCGCUGGCAGAUGCCAGUGGCGGUAUUGAUUACCACAAACUCCCCUUUGAGACUGUCUUCCCUGGUCCUUGGGAAGAGUAUAUCAAAGCCCCGGCCAACAAGUCAUUCAUCACCCCGAAACGGAUCUAUAGAGUGGAUGGCAAUGUCACCACGACCACAGGGCAUGCGCUCGCAGCUGAUGAUGGGAGCGUAUUGAGUGAAGGGGAAAUUCUCAUCGGCGAGAGUGGCCUUCUUACGGUAGAGUUCGCCGAGAAUAUCGCGGGGCGGGUUUGCUUCGAUCUCGAAUCGUCUGCUGAUGAGCCUGUCGUUCUGCUCUCGUUCUCCGAGUCUCCUUUCUUCGUAGGAGAACAUACCGAUGCCACCAAUGACGAGGAAUGGGACUUGCCAUUGGAUCUGCACAUUGGAAACCGCACUGGUACCGUCUGCGUGGAUCCCGAAUUCAACCGUGGGGGCUUCAAGUACUUGACAGCCUACAUCGAUGUAAUCCCAGUCUUCGAUGACAGGAUUAGCGCUUCCUCUUUUGAUGGCGAUUCGCUGACAGAAAAAUCUGGCCAGAUUGUAUUUGAUGCACAUCAGGAAGUCGAGCCGUCGACCUUCGAUGAGAGGAGGCCAUAUUCCAAGCCUUCCAUAGGGGUCAGACAGCUCUGGGUCAACUGCACGUCAUUCCCGUCACAGUCAAAUGGACGCGCCUAUUCUGGCUAUUUCUACAGCUCAUCCUCUCUGUUGAACAGGAUCUGGUAUGCCGGCGCAUAUACUCUCCAGCUGUCGACCAUCAAUCCGAAAGAAGGCUCGGCAUUGAUCCCAGUAAACCGUUACUUAGACCACAACAACUCCCCUCCAGGAUCAUGGUACUCCAACUUCACCGUCUCUCAAGGAACAACGGUGACCACGGAUGGCGCGAAACGAGAUCGACUAGUGUGGCCUGGCGAUAUGUACAUUGCCAUCCCCGGAAUUGCUGUUUCGACGUACGAUAUGCUUGCCGUACGCAAUGCGCUGGAUGUGCUCUAUUCGCGUCAAUACUCGGAUGGCCGCCUACCGUAUGCUGGACCGCCCUUGAGUUAUCACGAUGAGUUCAGCGAUACGUACCACCUCCACACACUGCUGGGAACCUAUGACUACGUCCUGUACUCGGGCGAUAUCGAUUGGAUGCGGCAGAAGUGGCCAGCAUACCUGAGGGCAUUACGUAUCAGCACGUCAAAAAUUGACUCCAAGAACUUGAUGCACGUCACAUCAACCUUCGAUUGGAACCGACACGGAAUGGGCGGCCACAACAUCGAGGCAACGGCGAUUCUUCACGAGGUCCUUGGGAGAUCAAUCAAAAUGGCAUCGUUUCUGGAACAUGGCGUUUCUGGUGCAUCGGGGUCGGUUGAACAACCAAACAUAUCCACGUGGUCCUCCUUGCGCCAGCGUCUUCAAUCCGGUAUCGAAGCACUGUAUUGUCAGGAUACCCGCCUGUAUUCCGACAAUUUGGGCGACCGCCACUGCUCUGGCAGGGACCAUGUAGACCCACAAGACGGUAACUCCUGGGCUCUCAUCGCUGGAAUGCAUGGUACUGCGUCUGAGACCCCCCGAACGAUGUCCGAGGCGCUCCGCUCAAGAUGGACCAAAUUUGGUGCCCCUGCACCAGAAUUUCCCAACGUCAUGUCCCCAUUUUCAUCAUCAUUUGAACUUCAAGGGCAUUGCGCAGCUGGCAAUCAUGAUGCUGCCGUAGAGCUGAUGCUGCUGAUGUGGGGGUACCUGUUGGACGGACCAGGUUUUACCAACAGUACACUCGCUGAGGGAUUUCGGACUGAUGGCUAUGUUCAUUAUCCCGCAUACCCGGUUGCAAGCCGGAAUAGCCAUGCCCAUGGCUGGGCGGCGGGUCCCACCAGUACCCUCAUGAAUAGCAUACUCGGCAUUGAACUGCUGGCCCCUGGCGGCGUGGAAUGGUUGGUGAGACCCGUUCUUACCAGUUGGCUCGGGUGGGCCCGAGGAGGCUUCGCGUUUGCGAAUGGUGAGAUCGAGGUCAAGAUAUUAAGGGUCCUUUUAAAGAAUGGUGACGGUGAACCUGUGAACAAAGGCACUCUUACCGUGCUCAAGGCUCCGGCCGGGACAAAUGGAAGCUUCGGCUGGGGUGACGAGGACGAGACUACCGGGUUUCAAGCUACAAUAUCGGGUGGCGAGACACGGUCAUGGGUUAGAUGGGAGGGCGUGGGUGAAAGGGGGCUAGGUAGUACCACGGAGGAGUUGAGUGUCAGCGAAGUACCGUGGAUUACGAGAGACGACGGGGAAUGGUACGAUCAAAAGAUGCCAUGCGGAGCUCUAGGGGUGAUAAGCUAUGAUCAUACGUUCAGGGAGCCCGAGAUGACUGAAAGAGGUCCAGGUGCGGUCGAUUGGGAGGCGAUGGAGAGAGGCUACGUCCAGCCACUGGGUUGGCUGAAGGAGGGCAAGCCGAUGUAA